AUGCUCCGAUCCUCAUCUCAGAAGUAUGUGGUGACCAGACCACUCUAUUCAGAGGACGCCUUUGAAGAUGAACAUACAAAAGUUUAUCGGAAACACAAGACUCUGCUGGACCACGUUAAGCAGUACUUCACUUGUAAUUCCAAACGUGCAAAAGAUGCUGCCCUUUCUUUGCUGCCUAUCAUCGGAUGGAUGAAGAUCUACUCAAUCAAAGAAUGGCUGUUAAAUGACAUUGUGUCUGGCAUCAGCACUGGACUGGUAGCUGUCUUACAAGGACUAGCCUACAGUUUGCUGGCAUCUAUCUCUCCAUGGUAUGGAUUAUAUGCUGCUUUCUUCCCAGUCCUCACUUAUUUUCUUCUGGGCACUUCUCGACACAUUUCUGUUGGAGCUUUCCCUGUGUUGAGUCUCAUGGUAGGGGCAGUAGUGACCAGACUGGUGCCCGAUGAGGGUCCACCUGCCAACAUCACUGGCUUUGAAGGCCUGACAAAAGAUGAACAGAGAGCCCUAGUGUCCGCCUCACUCACUUUCCUUAUAGGGUUAUUCCAGCUUGGUAUGGGUCUACUACAGGUGGGCUUCAUUGUCAUGUAUCUGUCAGAUACUCUGAUAUCAGGAUUCACAACUGCAGCUGCAGUUCACAUUUUGGUUUCACAGCUAAAAUUUAUAUUUGGGCUGAAUGUGCCAGGCUUCAGUGGACCACUCUCAAUUAUACACACUCUUGAGAGCGUAUUUGGACAGAUCACCUCCACUAACAUCCAUGAUCUGGUCACUUCAAUUGUUGUGAUGGUGGUGGUGUUGUUUGUGAAAGAGCUCAAUGACAGAUUCAGAUCAAAGUUACCAGUGCCCAUCCCUAUUGAAGUGAUUAUGACCAUCAUAGCAUGUGGCGUCUCCUAUGCAUUCAACUUCAGGGACAAUCAUGCAGUGGAAGUAGUGGGGAAAAUUCCAAACUCGUUUGAGCCCCCAAUGGCACCGGACCUGCAGGUUUUCCAGAUGACAGUAGUGGACGCGUUCCCGAUGGCUAUUGUGGGAUUUGCCAUUGCUUUUGCAGUGGCUAAAGUCUAUUCUGUAAAACAUGACUACCUCAUAGAUGGAAAUCAAGAGCUCAUUGCCUUUGGGACAAGCAACAUCUUUGGAGGAGCAUGCAAAUCUCUGGUAGCUAGCACAGCUCUGUCCAGAAGUGCAGUUCAAGAGAGCACUGGAGGAAAAACACAGAUAGCUGGUUUCCUCUCUGCAAUUAUCGUGUUGGUAAUAACCUUGGGGAUAGGGUUCUUGUUGGAACCACUACCAAAGUCAGUGCUGGGCGCUGUGGUAAUAGUGAACCUGAAGGGGAUGUUGAUACAGGUGGUUGAGGUCCCUUACCUAUGGAAGAAAGACCGUCCUGACUGUAUUGUUUGGGUGGGCACCUGCGUGGCUUCCAUAAUACUGGGGUUGGAUUUAGGACUUGCAGUUGGUCUUGGACUGGAGCUGCUUACUGUGGUUUUCAGGGCUCAGUUUCCACGCUGCUGUGUCCUUGCUAAUGUCAUAGGGACAGAUAUCUAUAGAGAUCGCAAGGACUAUAUCAGUAUCUUCGAGUCAGAAGGAGUGAAGAUUUUCAGAAUUCCAUCUCCCAUUUUCUUCGCCAAUAUUGACUUUUUCAGAGGCAAACUGAUCAAUGCUGUUGGCUUUAAUCCUCUGAGAAUACUGAGGAAGAGAAACAAGGCAGUGAGGAAGAUUAAGAAACUGAUCAAGAAAGGGGAGCUGACCUUAACAUCUAAAGGACUGCAGGCCACAUGCUCAAUGCCCAUUGAAGAGUCAGAGGACGAUAGCAACAUGGAAGAUCUGGACCAGCCCACUGACUACUCAGAUCUUCCCAUACAGGUGAACUGGAACGCAGAGCUCCCUGCCAACAUCUGUGUUCCUCCUGUGAACAUCCACAGUUUGGUCCUGGACUUCACCGCAGUCUCAUUUCUUGAUAUAUCUGCACUCAAUGGUCUAAAAACGGCCUUAAAGGAAUUUAUACGCAUUGAUGUUGAAGUUUACAUUGUAGGCUGUGAUCCAUAUAUCAUAGAGAAGCUGAGGAAGUGUCAGUUCUUUGAUGAUGAAAUCAAGACAUCGAUCUUCUUUUUAACCAUCCAUGAUGCAAUGCUUUAUAUUUAUGAGUCCCAUCCACUAAGAACUGUCUCCGGGAGCAUCCCUUACCAACAUAUUAAUUUGUCGAAUGGGUUGAGAAUCCAAGAAAAGGCUGAAAAGAACCUGGAUGUCGAACAAGACACCAAACCAGAGACAAGACUGUAAAGCAGACUGUAAAAAAACCCUAUGUAGAACAGAUCUUUUCACAAAUCAAUGUAAAUAAGCAUUAAAUUACCUUGCAGUUUUGUAUUUUGUGUACUGUACACUAUGCAAAAGUAAUUAGCCUUGGAUUAUUAAAUGUUAAUGUGUUGUGUCACUAUAUUUCUUUUAUUUCAAGGAUGUUGUAUAGAAAAAAAAUGUAUUAGUUCACUAUCAGUGCCUUUUGAAAAUAUAAAUGUUUUUUCUG